AUGACGGGCAGUGUAGCGGCGAGGGCAGAGCCCACCCCCUGGAACCGCACCCCCUCCCUCCCUCCCUUCCUCCACACCCCUGCCCAACCCACAGUUGUCUCUGCACUGUCCUUCACACUGCAGCCAGCCCUCCCACCCCCCCGCUCCCGCCACCUACCCCCCACAGUAGCAGCCGCGGGAGGGGAGAGGCAGGGCAGAGGGUGGUGCUCUGCUGGCGGGGUUCUCUGCUGGCGGGGUUCUCUGCUGGCGGGGUUCUCUGCUGGCGGGGUUCUCUGCUGGCGGGGUUCUCUGCUGGCGGGGUUCUCUGCUGGCGGGGUUCUCUGCUGGCGGGGUUCUCUGCUGGCGGGGUUCUCUGCUGGCGGGGUUCUCUGCUGGCGGGGUUCUCUGCUGGCGGGGUUCUCUGCUGGCGGGGUUCUCUGCUGGCGGGGUUCGCUGCUGGCGGGGUUCUCUGCUGGCGGGGUUCUCUGCUAA